AUGGGCGUCCACGUCGCCUUCGUUCUGGUACUCGUCUGCCUGAUGGAUAUCUACCGUGCACCGAGUAUGACACUCUCUUGCCUCUGGCUUCUGCUCGGUGUCCUAGCCUACGGUGUCUACACCGUCGCGCUGUGGAGCAUCCAAAUCACGGAACAAAUCCUGGUUCGGAGCUGCGCAGUGCUGCAUUUCACACUUCUCGUCGCGGUGCUCGCAGAUACCUUCCUGGGCCUCGACGACAGCCUCAACCGCGUCGGCACUUUUCAGUACACGCACAUGAUCCUUUCGGUCGUCUUCGCUCCCUCGAAAUCCACGGCCUUCUGUUCGGUGCUCUGCUUCGGUUUGUGCGCAUGGAAUCUAGCUGCUCAAAGCUCAAGCGAGUCUUUUCUGACGCCGGUCUGUCUGCUGCAGCAGUCCUUCCAAGCGGCCGCAGGAAUUGGCUUGCCUUUCAUCGUCGAUGCUGUACUUCGGGACUGGAUCGCGGUUUCUUUUCGUUCCAAGGACUCGGAUUCCCUAAUCCACGGCUUUCGCCGGAUGUUGAAAGGAAUAGCCGAUGGUGAGCUGCUGCUUGACCAUGGCUUUAGGAUUUGUGGCAGCGCCGUGUGCCUUCAGCGGCUGCUGGAAACUGGCGAGGACUUUGCAGGGCGGUCUCUGGAGGAGCUCAUCGAUGGGGAGGAAGCCCGAACGAAGUUCCGGCGAUCGUUGACUCCGCAGAACGCUGGCUCCACGCAGACGUUGCAGACCGCGCCCCCGUGCCUGCGGGUGCCUCUGAAAGCUCCAUCUGGCCGCGUCGUGUCGGUGGAUGUCUGCCACGUGCCUCUGCCCAACCUUUACGGCACGAAGACCGUGCACUACCUGCUGUCCCUUACGGAGGAUCUCGACCCACGCGUUCCUCCCAUGGAUCUGCAGGAGGAUUCUCAGCAGAGCCGCUUCAAAGAUCAGGAAGGUGAAGUACGGUCAGCCCAGUCGGCUGCGAGCAGCGAGACCCACGUGGAAGGAUAUGAUGAGCUCGCCGAGAUGACUUUGCUUUUGAACUUGACCAGUGAGCUGGUUGACAUCGAGGAGGCGCACUUGCGCUUCCAGCGAAAGACCAAUGAGGCCGAGUUCCGGCUCGGCAUGCCGACUUUGAAGCGCUUCGCCCGACCUUUGGACUGGGAGAAUCUCAACGGAUACCUCCGCCACUACGCACGGCAAGUGGGCAAAGGACUUGCUUCCGAGAAGCAGUCGCUGGGCAGUAUCAUGCUGCGCAUGCCCGGAGAGUCGCGCAAGCUCCUUCAG